CUGAGCUUUCCGACUCUUGUGAGAUUGAAGAAGAAAGUUAAAUAUAAUGUAAUACGAGUUGCUUGGGACAUACUUGCCAACUUGGGUUACCUUGCCUGGCUAGCUGAGCUUCCUGACUCUCGAUGUGAGAUUGGAUCGAACACUACAAUGUGA